CUUGAGCAUUUCUGAGUCGUAUCGAUGAAUCAACUGCUUCAUGGCACCUUUCAACUUCACCCACUCUGACGCUUCAACUUUCAUCCUAAUGGGCAUCCCUGGCCUGGAGGCUGCCCACAUCUGGAUUUCCAUCCCUUUCUUUACAUUCUACAUUAUCAGUCUGUUGGGAAAUUUCAUGGUUCUGUGUGUCGUAGGUAAGGAGCAGACUCUGCAGAAGCCGAUGUACCUGCUGCUCUGCAUACUGGCACUUACAGACAUUGCCACAUCUACCUUUGUUGUGCCAAAUGCACUGGGCAUAUUUUGGUUCAAUUUGAAAGGCAUUACUGUGGCUGGCUGCCUCACCCAGAUGUUUUUCCUCCACACGAUUUCUGUGAUGCACUCAUCCACCCUCGUGACAAUGGCCUUCGAUCGCUACGUUGCCGUAUGUAACCCUCUGAGAUAUGCCACCAUCCUCAGCAAUGCACAAAUAGCUAAGCUAGGGCUUGUAGGUUUCAUAAGAGCUGUUCUCUUCAUUCUGCCCCUGCCCCUGCUCCUGAGUCAGCAGACAUUCUGUGCCAACCGCAUUAUCCCGCACACGCAAUGCGAGCACAUAGCUCUGGAGAAGAUGGUGUGUGGUCACAUCAGAGUCAGCAGGAUAUAUGGUUCUGUGCUAAUGUUUGUAAUCAUUGGGUUUGACUUGACAUUCAUUGCCAUGUCGUAUGGUCUGAUCAUCAGGGCCGUCCUCAGAAUCUCCUCUCAUAAAGCCCACCAGAAAGCCCUCAACACUUGCACAACCCACAUCUGUGUGAUGCUGACAUAUUAUACCCCUACCUUCUUCUCCAUUCUUACACACCACUUUGGUCAAGGCAUUGCACCCUAUGUUCAUAUCAUCUUAGCUGACCUCUAUCUCCUCAUCCCUCCCAUGCUCAACCCUAUCAUUUAUGGGGUCAAAACGAAAGAGCUUCGUGACAAAGUAGUCAAAUACACCUGCAGAAGUUCUGCAGACACAAAGUUCACGCAAAGUUCUGCAGACACAAGAGACGAUAUCUCCUCAGGCCUGCAGUGUCCAUCAGGGAACUGUCAAAUUGUCAGAGAGCAUGUGAACCAGCACUAAGUAGGAUGCGGUUUGGGAGGAAGACCAGAAGUUCUGUGAGUGCCAUGGUUCCCCAGUUACCCCUGGCAUGGAGGAAGAGUAUGCUCACAAACAACCUGUAAAAAAGCCAGCCUUCCUUGACUAUGCAGUUCUUACGAGUUGUACCUCCUAGCAGAGGGAAAAUCCUUUCACCAGAAAAGGGUUAAGAAGCUAAGAUAACCUCGCUGGCACCUGACCCAAAAUGACCAAUGAGGGACAAGGUACUUUCAAAUCUGGAGGGGGGGAAAAUCUUUUGUCUGUCUGUGUGAUACCGUUGCUGGGAACAGAUCAAGGAUGCAAGCCCUUCAACUCCUGUACAGUUAGUAAGAAAUCUAGCUAGAAAAUGCGUUCGGAUUUCUUUGUUUUGGCUUGGAAAUUCACUGUGCUGGAGGACAUGUGUAUUCCUGUUUUUUGUAUCUUUUUGUAACUUAAGGUUUUGCCUAGAGGGAUUCUCUAUGUUUUGAAUCGGACUGCCUGUAAGAUUAUCUUCCAUUCUGAUCAAACAGAGCUGUCUGAAGCUUUAAGUUAUAAGCCUUAAGCAUAAGCUUUUAUUGAAGUAGGAUUUUUCCCACAAAAGUUUAUGGCCAAAUAAAUCUGUUAGUCCAUAAGGUUCCACCAGAGUCCUCAUUGUUAUUGAGACGCUGCUUAAACAUAUAACUAUAUUGUUGCUAGGAUAUAACACAAAGUCUGUACUUGCUUAUAACUGUAUUUUGGAUGUAAGCAACACCACGCACCCUUU